UGUUACGGCUCAGGAAUGCAGUUAGGCGACAACCGCAAGCUUUCGUCUCACAUCAGCUGAGCUGGAACCUCCGGCGGUAAAGAGAAGUGUCCCUGGGCUGUUUGUUACCUCGUUUACAGCAGAAAGGGUGUCAAAACCAACAGUAUGGCCACAGCGCAGUCGAUGUUGCUGCUAGCAGUGCAUAUUCUGCUCAUCUCAGAGUUCAUACUGGCCAAAAGAGACUACUACGACAUACUGGGGGUGCCGAGAGAUGCCACCGAGCGGCAGAUUAAGAAGGCCUUCCACAAGCUGGCCCUGAAGUACCAUCCUGACCGAAACAAAGGACCAGACGCUGAGGCCAAGUUCAGAGAAAUAGCAGAGGCAUAUGAAACCUUAUCAGAUGAUAAGAAGAGGCGAGAGUAUGACCAGUUUGGACAUAGUGCUUCAUCAGGGGAGGGCCAGAGAGGAGGAGGAGCCUAUGACUUCCACCAGCACUUCAAGUCCUACAACUUUAAUUUUGAUGAAAUUUUCAAAGACUAUGAAACUUUCGGUCAACAGCAGCAUCGACACCAACACCAUUUUCACUCCCAAUCUAAUUCCCACCACAAGCGACACUUUGACAGCCACUUCCAGGCUCACCGGGAGGCCAUGAACGAGCAUAGGAGGCAGUUUCAGCAGGGGGGCUUUGGCAGAGGACUCUUUGAUGAUAUGUUUGAGGACUUGGAGAAGAUGUUUUCCUUUAACACACACAGCUCCAGGACUGAGGGGAAAUUUCAGGGCUCGGUGAAGCAGCACUGCAGGACGGUGACGCAGCGCAGGGGGAACAUGGUGACCACCUUCACUGACUGCUCCUGAGACAGGCUGGAGAACGGGGCGCUGUGGAGAGCAGCCACCCAGGACACUGCUGGGGGGGUUUGCCGUUGUGGUUUUUGAAAUUGAAGGCUAAUUUAUCACUUGGAGAAACAGAGAGGGGGCUUUGUGUGGCUUUUUGCAAUUAUCUAUAUGUAAUUUCCUGUAUGAACAAAUAUCUAAGCUAGCCUGAUAAAUGGCUGCUACUAAGCAAUAACUCAUUCACAUUGUUAUUACAGCAUGGGAAUAAGUCUUAAGAUCAUUCAGAUAAUUCCCCAUCACUUAGCUUUCCAGGUUCAUUAUAUGUUUACUUGUGUUUUAUAGUUGUACAAUCUGUUAUACUCAGGCAUGGCCUAUGUUUAAUUUAAAAGAAGUGCUUUUUUUUUGAGCGGUGGUCAAUUAGACACAUUAGAAUCCACAUUUGUGACGAUGUGAAAGAGUAAUUCUGCAGCUAUGAAGGCUAUAUUUCAUUCUGCUUCUUCCAUAGAAGUCCUUUUCCUGAUUCAAAACCAAGACUUGCAGGUUUUGCACAUAUUUUUCUUUUGUUCUUGAUUCAGUGAAAAGACACUUCAAUUCUUCCAACUUUGCUGCAUUUGUGGAUGCACCACACAAACUGGAACUCGUGCAGGUUGACCAUUAUCUGUAUAAACUGUUACCUCAUGUUUUUUUUUAAGUUCCUUUCCACAGAGUUGCAUCUACCUUUUACUCAGUCAGGGUUGGAAAUUAACAUCAGUCCCAUGGCACAAACUGGCAGACUCAACCAUGGGCAAAGUGUGUGUUUGUGUGUGUAGUCGCUCGGCUGUUUUGUGACCACCUAUCGCAAAACAGCCUGGGCUCUUCUGCCAGUCAAGCUGAAUGGUCUGACAAGUUAAGAUUCCCAAACUGAUCAUCAUGUGCAAUAUUUAGCACCUUUGCUCUUCAUGUUGCCUAUCUUUUAUAGACAGUGCUGUGUAAAUGUCAUUGUCUAAUGUCUGCACUUUGAACGUGUGUGUGUGUGUGUGUGUGUGUGUGUGUGUGUGUGUGUGUGAGCUGAGAAUGCCCUGAAUGUUGAUUGGUUGCAAAAUGUUUGGACACUGAAUAAAAAGAAAAUAUAUA